CAAAUGCCUUCUUGGCUAAGUGGCAUAGCGCAUCACUAGUAAUUGAAUGAUCAAUUACGCCAUGAUGAGGUCACUAGUUCGAUUCUGGUAGAAGGCAUUCGCAAUUUCUUUUUUGUUUUGGUCCCUGGGCGUCCUGACUGGCGACCUGUUUUUUGUGCUGGGCGGGGUACGAAACCGGAACGGAGGCUGGUGGAGCUGAGAGAUUCCUAAAGGCAGUGGCCACACCUCGGCACUCUGUGUAUCCAGACCACCACCAGACUUCCUCCAUGUCACUGUUCAAGGCCUUUUCCCCGGCCAAGGGAGAUGUCUCGUCGUCUACAGCAGUCAAGUCGUCGGUGCAGAGGGGCAUGCGCAACAAGCUGCUGGAGCAAUACCCCGAUUCGCUAGCAAAGGACGAGGGAGUGCUGCUCGAGAAGAUCUGGCCAAAGAAGGAGGACAUUACAUUGGUCAAGUUCAGUCGAGAGCACGUCUCCUUCCUGGUCCUUCAUGGCACGCCCCUCUUCUUCCAGCACUUCGAUGGUCCAUAUUGCCCGACAUUACACCUCGCUCAUCAAUACCCUUUCCUUCUCCCCACAAUCCGAGUAGACCGAGGCGCAAUCCGAUUCAUCCUCUCCGGCGCCAACAUCAUGGCUCCCGGCCUCCUCUCUGCCGGCGGCCAACUACCCGAAGCCUCCGCUGCACUGGAAAAGGACGCUCCGGUGAUAGUGACGGCCCAAGGAAAGGAGAAUGCCCUGGCCAUUGGAAGGCUGAAGUUAGGGACAGAGGAUAUCAAAAAGGCCGGCAAGGGAGUAGUGGUGGAUAAUCUGCACUCGUUGGGAGACGAUCUUUGGCUCACAUGUGCAAAGGGUGGGCUGUAAGGGUCGUUGUGAAUCAAUGGGCAACACAGUCACCGAAGGUCAAGCAGGCACAGUCCGAGAACGCCUGAAAAGGGUAUACAGCUGGAAGUGCCAAGGGUAGAAAGACGAAGCGAGGAAUGGGGGGU